UUUGUUGUUGGCUUUAUUCCCGUAAUCUGUUAAGCGAUUACUUAGCUAAACAAGUUCUUUUUAGCUAGAAACUGUAUUCUUAUUCAAAAGUUGAUCCAUGUUCUGCCGGUAAGGUAGAGUUUAAGUUUAAGCAGGCUUAAUUAACGUGUGAAGAGGGAAAUUAAGUGAACAACGAAAUCAUUAAUGAACGUCGAAUGCCGAUCAGGAUGGCAUCAGUUUAUGUUACAACAAACAAAAGAGAAACGCGCAGGCCAAACAGUAGAACAUGUUCUGUUUCGUGGGAUGCGAAAGAAGGAAAGAAAUGUUCAGCGCCGGUUAAAUUUCUUAUCCUCACUAUCGCUCUGCUGAUAGCAUUUUCCCUUGUUUUGCUGAAUCUGUACUUGAGAGAGCACGCAAGAAAUCUCACCGCCAAGGCUGUAGAGAAACCAGAGACAAGAACUACACGGAUACGAGCUGAACACGAAAAAUAUCAUGGUGGUUUAUGUUGGACAACAGAUUGUCUACACGCAGCAUUAGAUUUGCUGAACUCAGUAGACCCGUCAGUAGACCCUUGUAGGGAUUUCUAUCAGUAUGCUUGUGGAGGAUGGAUGAAAAAGUAUCCGAGGCCACUUACCUCUAGAAGAUGGGAUCAGUUUGAGAAACUGACUGCAGAAAACAAUGAAGUCCUCGAGAUGCUACUUAGAAACAAAGAACUCAAAGCUAAAUACUCUAAGGAGGAGGCAGUUUGGAAGGCCCUGGCGUAUUAUGAUUCAUGCAUGGACGUCGCUGCGAUCGAGCGACUGAAGGGCGAACCGCUUGAGUUGCUUAUCAAGGAAUAUGGCUCAUGGAGCAUCACAGAUGAAAACUGGAAAGAAGAAGACUGGGACUUGAUAACUCGUCUUGCAAGGAUUCAUAAAGACUUGGUUGUGCCAGUUUUGUUCUCCAUGACUGUUGCAAUUGAUAACAAAAACAGCUCACAGAAUGCAAUUACCUUUGGAGAAUCCUACACCUCACUAUCACGAAGAGAACUUCUCACGAAUGACUCACAGAGCCAGCGAGUUCGUAAUGCAUAUAGAGAUUUGAUGAGAAACUUGACCAUCAAACUUGGAGCUGGGGAAGAUUCAAAAGAUGAUCUGCUUAAAACAUUCGAGUUCGAGAAAGAGCUGGCAAAGAUAUCUACCUCAAGAUUUAGACGACCAUCCUUUGAAGAAGCUUACAAGAAGCUCACAUUAUUAGAAAUACAGGAGUAUACCGGUGAUUUUUUCAACUGGACGAAAUAUGUGCAAGUAGCGAUGGAGGAUAACACAUUUCAUGUUACCAGCCAAACCAAAGCCGUUGUGUAUUCUUUGGAAUAUUUGAAAAGGCUGGUCAAACUCCUGAGCAUUACACCAAAAAGAACUAUUGCUAACUACAUGAUGUGGAGAGUGGUCAAGUUAAAGUAUUUACAACUCAGCAGUGAUUUUGUGGAGCUGUUCAAAUAUUAUUACCUGCAAGCUUUCAAUUACUGGAGUGAUUCGGACCAGCAUCAGCUCUGUCUCAUGGCAACUUCACAGAAAUUUGGAAUACCACUUUCGAAAGUCUUCCUUGAUCAAAAGUUCUUUGGUGACAGCAAGAAACUGGCAAAGGACAUCAUUGGAGAUAUCCGUGCGGCAUUCAUCUCCAACAUUGGAAAUCAAGACUGGAUGGAUGGAAAAACUCAGAAGGUAGCCGUAGGGAAGGCGGAGGCCCUCAUCGAAAACGUAGGAUAUCCUGAUUACAUAAUGAACGUUGAAUACAUGACCCAAAGAUAUAAAGAGGUAACAAUAGACGCAAAAACAUAUUUCAACAAUGAUGUUUCAGUUACAAAGCGUCAGAAUAUCGACAGACUUGCUAAAGCUGGAACAGCCGUGGACAAGUCUGAAUGGCCUUUUCCUCCAACGAUGCUCAAUGCAUUUUACGCCUACAAUGAAAAUAAGAUGGUCUUUCCGGCUGCUAUUCUACAACCUCCAUUUUAUAACCCGUUGUAUCCCAGAGCGAUGAACUAUGGUGCUAUUGGAGGUGUCAUGGCCCAUGAAAUUACCCACGGAUUUGAUGACACAGGAAAGCUAUACGACAUUGACGGUAAUAGGAGAAGAUGGUGGAGUAACUCAACCCUCGCUAACUUUCAAGAAAGGUCUCGUUGUUUGAUUGAUCAGUACUCGAAUUACACAUUCUAUGGAUACCAGGUAAACGGCAAGAAUACUUUGUCGGAAAACAUUGCUGAUAAUGGUGGCGUUCGCGUAGCUCUUGAAGCAUACCGGAAGUCGGUAAGGGACCAUUGGGAGGAGCCCAGGCUUCCUGGUAUGAUGUUGACAAACGAGCAAGUGUUUUUCAUUAGUUUUGCAAGGAACUGGUGCAGUCACUACAGCGAUAGAGCUGCUCGUGUGGCUACGAAAUACUUCGAUCACAGUCCCAUGCCAUGGAGGGUUAAUGGCACUCUCCUUAAUUUCCCGGAGUUUUCAAAGGCGUUCAAUUGUCCUUUGGGUUCACCAAUGAAUCCCGAACACAAAUGUAGAAUUUGGUAAAAAUUACCGCUGAAAGGAACACGAACAGUAGGAAACCCUAGUCUGAUGUUUACCAAUUAAAAACAAUAAAGUACUAAAUACCUUGUUAAUGUCAUGUCUAAAACAAACGGUACAGAAGUGUUUGCCUUAAUAUAGCUAUUGAGGAUGAAAUGGCCGUCAUAUCCUCUCAAAUUAUAGAAAACCACUGGAAUCUUUGAAAUUUUUAAUUACUGAAUGAGACAAAUGUUUAAGAAAUUCUAAGCAAAGUGUGCUUUGUGGCGAACAUCAACGAUCUUUUCCAUCCAACUUAUCUCUGAUCAAUGAUGAUGAACUCAAUGAAGCUUUUCACAUAAAUCAUUGUGGUAGUACUAUUGUAUUUUAGGCUGCUGGCCCGUGGCUCUUUUAACCCUCUAGCCCCGUAGAGUGAAGGGCCUCUAACUUCUCCUUACAGUAUCACCAUCAUCAAUUUAAGACGUUCCUGACUGUGAAACAAAUUCUUCUUAUCAUUACCACAGGAAAUGUAAAUAAAAAUGUGUGGAGAUUAUGAUUACCAGUGCUAGGGUGUAAAGGUUUAACUGAAGUCAUUUUCUGAGUUCCCUGCCUCAUAUCUUUUUUGAUCAGCAUGUACCAUUAUUUUCGUCACGCCAAUUAUGUCACAAAUUUCACAGGUGUAUGGAUGAAGAAAACGCAACACAACAAGAUUGCAUUCGUGAUGUGUAGAUCCUCUUUAUCUGCAAGUGAUUUGACAAUGAUCUUAAUAUCUCUGCUUGUGUCUUUCUUUCCUCCAAUAUGAUAACUUUCUGUCCUUUUCAAAGUAUCAUUCUCCUGUUUGUUUAAUUUCACAGGCUUGUUAAAAUGUUUAUCGCUGUGUCAAUACAGUAUUUAGAUUCGUCAAACAUCUGUUCUUGGAAUCUAUAAACAGUAUUUUCAUCUCUGAA